AUGGCCGCAUCCCGUUUGAUCAUCGUGACACUUGUUGUUCUUGCAAGUUCGAUCUCCGCUAAGGAAUAUAUCGUUGGGGAUGAAAGUGGUUGGACUCUCGAUUUCGAUUAUCAAACAUGGGCCAAAGAUAAAGCUUUCUUCGUUGGAGAUAAACUCGUAUUCAAUUAUGCAUCUGGUACCCACAAUGUAAUGAAAGUUAACGGCACUGGGUUCCAACAAUGUAUCGUUUCAUCUGCUAAUGGAACGUUGACAAGUGGACGAGACAUCAUCCCUCUUCAAACCCCAGGAAGGAAAUGGUAUAUUUGUGGUGUCGCAAAGCAUUGCGAGUUGAAAAACAUGAAACUCGUCAUCACUGUUCUACCGCAAACAAUGGCGCCAACUCCAAGCUCGAUGGCAAAAUAUACUUCGAGCGGGUUGCAAUUGGCAAUACCAACACUUUAUGGCUACGUAGUUGCUUUGUUCGGCAGUCUUUUGUUUUUAUUGGCUUGA